GUCAUCCAUGUGCAGGCUGUUCUCAGCCCGAACGUGGCGGCGAUGUACGAGCUACACUUCGCCGUGCCCAUGGCCAGCGCCGUCCUCUGCACGCUUAACACGCGGCACGACGCGGCCAUGGUGUCCACCCUGCUGAAGCACUCCGAUGCCAAGGUGUUCCUCGUUGAGUCGAGCCUUCUCGGAAUCGGGAGAGACGCGCUGCAUCGUCUCGCCGACCCUAGGUCCGGCGCCGCCAGCAUUCCAGUCCUCGUAACCAUCUCUGACGACACCGACUCCAUCGACCCUGACGUCUGCGAAAAUGAGUAUGAGGCUCUCAUCAAGAGUACCCCUUGGCAUUUCGACAUCCGCUGGCCGGCGAAUGAGUUGGACCCCAUCACGCUCAACUACACGUCUGGCACGACGUCGCGGCCCAAGGGUGUGCUCUACAACCACCGGGGCGUGUACCUGAACACCAUCGCCACGGUCCUCGGUUACGACAUCACUCCGAUGCCGACGUACCUGUGGACUGUGCCCAACGGCUGGAGCCUGACGUGGGUUGUCGCCAUGCAGGGUGGCACCAACAUCUGUCUCCGCCACUUCACGACGAGGGUCAUCUUCGACAGCAUCGCACGACAUGGAGGGACACACAUGGGCGGUGCACCUACGGUUCUCAACAUGACCGUUAAUGCGCCCGCCGUAGAUCGAAGGCCACCGUCGACCGAGACGGUGGUGCGUGUCAUGACGGGCGGCGCGCCGCCACCGCCCCGCGUCCUGGCUGGAAUGGAGGAGCUUGGUUUCGUGGUAUAUCAUAUAUACGGCCUCACGGAGACGCACGGUGCAGCCACUGUGUGCACUUUGACGCCGGAGUGGGAUGCGCUGCCGGUGGAGGAGCGCGCGCGGCUCAAGGCGCGACAGGGGUUCCAUCACAUAGCGAUGGAGGAUGCCGAUGUCAAGGACCCAACCACCAUGGAGAGUGUGCCGCACGACGGUAAGACAGUGGGCGAGGUGAUGUUCCGUGGCAACACAGUCAUGAGUGGGUACUACAAGGAUGUUGAUGCGACCAAAGAGUCCAUGGCGGGAGGGUGGUUGCGCACAGGGGACCUUGCCAUCCGGCACCCAGACGGGUACAUCCAAGUCAAAGAUAGGGCCAAGGACAUCAUCAUAUCGGGCGGCGAGAACAUCAGCUCGAUUGAGGUGGAGUCCAUAAUCUUUGGCCACCCGGCGGUGCUCGAGGCGGCGGUUGUGGCGAGGCCCGACGACCAUUGGGGGGAGACACCAUGUGCCUUCGUCAAGCUGAAGGAUGGCACAAGUUCCACAGAAACAGAGAUCAUAGGCUUCUGUCGGGAGAAGCUGCCACACUACAUGGUGCCCAAGAUAGUGGUAUUUGAGGAUUUGCCCAAAGCUUCCACCGGGAAGACGCAGAAGUUUGUUCUUCGAGAGAAGGCCGGAGAAAACAGGCCGAAAACAGCAAAGGGCGUGGGAAGGAUCCAAAAUCUGAACUACAUCUACAACUGCAAUGACAGUGAGGCUCUGUGGAUGCUUAGAAUGAAAAGAGCACCAUUUGCCAGGCUUGUCGAGACCUUCAGGAGCAGGGGGCUGCUACAAGAUAGCAUCAACACCAGUGUCGAAGAGCAAGUGGCCAUGUUCCUCCAUGUUGUUGGCCAUAACCAGAGGUUCAGGGUCAUUCACGACACGUUCAGGAGAUCAAUGAAGACCAUCUCUAGGUACUUCAAGCAAGUGCUUUAUGCUAUUGGGGAGCUUAGAGGAGAGAUGACCAGGAGACCAUCUGGUCAGACUCCACCCAAGAUUCGCGGAAGCCCAAGAUGGUAUCCACACUUCAAGGAUUGCAUUGGGGCAAUAGAUGGUACUCAUGUCACUGCCAGAGUUCCUAGGUCACAGUCUGCAGCAUACAGGGGGAGGAAGCACUACACAAGCCAGAAUCACAUGAGUCGACCUGAUGGGAUCAACAUCCCCGACGGCAAGUUCUACCUUGGAGAUGCUGGCUAUGCAUGUCGGCCGGGUAUUCUUCCACCCUUCAGGAAAACAAGGUACCAUCUCAACGAGUUCUCUGGUAGGAACUAUCCUAGGACUGCACAGGAGCUGUUUAAUCUCAGACACUCCAGCCUUAGAGUAACCGUUGAGAGGGCAUUUGGAGCUCUGAAGAAUAGGUUUAAGAUCCUGGAUCAGAAGCCAUUCCACCCAUACUCCACUCAGUGGGGCUUUGAUGAACACGUGCCUGAGGAGGAAGAUGUGGAGCCUGACGAUGUUGUUAGCUCCGGCCAUGGUGUGGAGGCAUUUGACAAUGAUGCUUGGAAGAACAAAAGGUUGGAGUGGGCAGAGGCGAUGUGGCUUAACAAAGGUCAGUGCAGGAUUUGA